AUGGCGACAAAAGGUCCACCAAUAAUAAAAGGAAGGAAGAUAAAAACUAAGGACAAUUCGAAUAAACAAGAAGAAAUAAUAGAAGAAAAUUUAGAAUCAAUUAUUGCGCAAUUGGUUACAACCGAGGGAGAAGUUACAGGCCCACCAUUAAGUUUACCAGCUAAUGAUGAACGUCUUCCAUAUGCAUUUUCAGUUGAUGGAAGAGAAAUUGUAGAAACACUUUAUAAAGAUAUUAUACAAGGACUUAAGAGAUCAACGGAAGAUGUUUUAAAAAUUGUAUAUCAACCACAAGCAAUAUUUAAAGUUAGAGCAGUAACAAGAUGUAGACAUAGUGAUGCAAUAUUGUCAGUUAGUUUUAGUCCAGAUGGAACACAACUUGCAACAGGAUCAGGAGAUACAACAGUUAGAAUAUGGGAUAUUAAUACAGAUACACCUUGUUACACUUGUUCAGGUCAUAAUAGUUGGGUAUUAUGUAUUUCUUGGUCACCCGAUGGAAAAUCAUUGGCUUCUGGUAGCAUGGAUAAAACGGUUCAUUUAUGGGACCCAGAAACAGGAAAACCAAUAGAUGGUACAAUUCGAAUUUGGGAUACCAAACUUCGUCGAGUUCUUUUUACAAUUUCACAACAUACGGCAGCAAUAACUUGUAUCAAAUGGGGAGGAAAUGGAUUAUUGUAUUCCGCAAGUCAAGGUCAUGGACAUUGGGUAAAUACAAUGGCACUUAGUACGGAUUUUGUUUUAAGAACUGGAGCAAUUGAUCACACAGGAAAAAAACCCAAAGAUGAAAAUGAAGCUAAAGAAUGGGCUUUAACAAGGUAUAAAGCAGCAACAGGAAAUAAACCGGAACGACUCGUUUCCGGAUCUGAUGAUUUUACAAUGUUCAUUUGGGAACCAUCGGAAAGUAAAAAACCUAUUGCUCGACUUACUGGACAUCAAAAGUUAGUAAAUCAUGUAAGUUUCUCUCCUAAUGGAAAUAUGUUCGCUAGUGCUAGUUUUGAUAAUUCUGUAAAAUUAUGGGAUGGAUUGACUGGAAGAUUCAUUGCAUCUUUACGAGGUCAUGUCGGUCCAGUUUAUCAAGUUUGUUGGUCAUCAGAUAGUCGAUUGUUAAUAAGUGCUAGUAAAGAUAGCACUCUUAAAAUAUGGGAUCUUAAAACUAAAAAAAUAAAACUUGAUUUACCGGGUCAUUUAGAUGAGGUAUAUAGUGUUGAUUGGAGUCCCAGUGGAGAAAAAGUUGCUAGUGGAGGAAAGGAUCGACAACUUAAAAUGUAA